UUCAAAAUCAUAGAGGGCGCCAGAUUUGAGUCCAUCAGCUGCACUGUGCAGUGUGCUUUUUCAGCUUGAAAUUUAUAUUGGUGAUUGAUAGAGAAUUCAAUUUCCAAUUCCUUUUCAAAAUGAUCAGGAGGGGCCCAACAAGGAUUGCCCUCAAAAUCGACGACAUUUCAGAGUUUGACGCUUUCAAGAAGGAACUUGAACAGCAGAGGAGGGAGAAACAGCAACUGGACGGUACAACUGAGAUGCAAGGGGUCGAAGGUCAAGAUGACGUCACUCCCGGAGCCCCAUGGGAACCCCAGGCUGUUGUUCCUGACAGUGCCAAGGACAUGGAUCCUAAAGCGCGUCAAGAAAGGAUACAGCAGAGGAUUGGCUUUGACCCUCGACCUGCACCGUCAACUUCCAGUCGUAUUGGGGAACUCCGAGGCGGAGAAUGAAACUUAAAAGAGCAGCAGAUAACGGAUGAUUGAGCCAAACCUUUCAAACUGUUAGCGGACGCAGAUCCAUUGUUUGGCUCUGUGCAUAAAAGUACUCUGUCAGCGGCAAGAAUUGAAGAGUGGGAGUAAACCACUGGGAGAGACAUUCAAAUGCAUUGCCGAUGACGCCUGAUGCUCACACGAAGACGUGUGUACAAAAUGUAUGUGAAGGAGCGGUAAAAACUUAAACUACAUUUCUGCUUCUUUACGUUACAUGCACCUUGUGCCAGAUGCACACGAACGAGUAUGUGCACAUGGUGUGUCCCGUCCACUGGGCUAUCAAACUGGUCAAAAGCGCCCUCGCUUGUGCGCGCAUGAAGCCCAUACUACGAACACAGCAGCAACCCUGGUACCCAGAGUCAUGUCGUCAGUAGGAGUUAAGCCUGCCCCCUCGCUUCUGGACACUCCCAACCCCACUUUAAUACAGCGAGGGGCUCCACAACCAGGAGAACUUACCACUGCACUGACUGAGUUGUGGGAGUGGGACCACCUGCUAUAUCACGGCUACCAGCCAUUUAGCUAUUUAUCCACAUCCAUGAAUCAUGAAUGGAUGUC